AUGAAGAUGUCUACACAAGAUUCAUCUGGUGGAGGUUAUAUUGAACAGGUAACUACUGUUACCAGUUCUAUCGCAGGUUACCUCAAAUUCCCUGUCCUUGUGUCCUUGAUUUAUCCAAGUUCCAUCCCAAAUGCGGCCCGCACCGAAGUUCCACGACCCUCACAAUUCGGCAUCUCGGAUUUCGAGGAGUUGAUGAUCCCUACACCUGAUGGGGAAAAGCUUUCAGCCUUCUACAUUCGAGCACCGCUGACGAGGAAAAGAAAGAAUGUCACAAUCCUCAUGUUUCACGGCAAUGCCGGAAAUAUUGGUCAUCGAAUACCUAUCGCGAGGCGAUUCAUAAACAUUGUAGGAUGUAGUGUCUUGAUGUUGGAAUACCGGGGUUAUGGUCUCUCUACUGGAUCACCGGACGAGAAGGGUCUCAUGAUAGAUGCUCAGACUGGCUUCGACUAUCUUCGCAAGAGAGCAGAGACGAGAGAUAAUGAUAUUGUCAUCUACGGUCAAAGUCUUGGGGGUGCCGUAUCAAUACAACUAGUAGCAAAAAAUCAACACGACGAAAGAUUAGUGGGUCUCGUUUUGGAAAAUACUUUUCUAUCCAUGAGAAAGUUGAUUCCAUCUGUUAUUCCACCAGCCAGAUAUCUCGCCUAUCUAUGCCAUCAAGUUUGGCCAUCAGACACAUACCUACCUACCAUUACCGAAGUACCCAUUCUCUUCAUUAGCGGUCUCCUGGAUGAGAUUGUACCACCCAGCCACAUGCGGCGUCUCUUUGAGAUCUGCCAAUCCCCCACCAAAGUAUGGAAGCCUCUCCCGAGCGGUGACCACAAUUCGAGUGUGGUUGAGAUUGGGUAUUUCGAAGCCAUCGCCGAUUUCGUCGGGAACCUAGACACAAAACACGGUUGA